AGAGCACUGUUCUUCGGGUUGAAGCGACCCAAAUAACGUGAUAUUUAGCCCCUGCAAUGCGAACCUCGCGUAUUUUGCCCCCCGAAACGCGAUUUUUACCGGGGACCCCCUUCGAAACGCCAUUGAGCUAGUUUUGAGUAGCAAUUGGACGGGUUUUGUUGUGUCAACCUGGCAACCCUGCGUCAUUUAGCAACUUGGAGCAAAGAAUUGUCUUGCCUUCAGCAACUUUCCCUGAAAACUGCUUGGCAACACUGUAUUCUGCCUGACACAGUAAGCAGAGCAAAGAAAGCCAAGAAGUGUCAGUCAUCAUGAACCUGUUGCAGCUUUACGAGUGGAUAGACAUCAAGGGUGCUCUUAUAUUUUUGUGUGUGUUUAUAUUGCUGAGUGACUAUAUCAGAAAUAAAGCGCCGAAGAACUUUCCUCCUGGACCAUGGUCUUUGCCGUUUAUAGGAGACCUUCAUCAUAUCGAAAAUGGCAGGAUUCAUCUUCAGUUCUCACAGUUUGCAGAAAAAUACGGCAAGAUUUUCAGCCUCAGAAUUCUCGGAUCAAGAAUUGUUGUGUUGGAUGGAUAUAAACUCGUGAAGGAGGUGUAUUUACAACAGGAUGACAACCUUGCUGGUCGACCUGUGUUACCUUUAUUUUAUGACAUCGUUGGAGACAAAGGUUUAGUUGCUGCCAGAGGGUAUAAAUGGAAGCAACAGAGAAGAUUUGCACUCUCAACCCUUCGGAACUUCGGAUUGGGAAAGAAAAGCCUGGAGCCGUCCAUCAAUCUUGAAUGUUGCUUUUUGAAUGAGGCCGUUUUAAACGAACAAGGUCGGCCGUUUGACCCUCGCUCACUGCUGAGCAAUGCUGUCGCGAAUGUGAUCUGUGUGCUUGUGUUUGGUAAUCGAUUUGAGUACAGUGACAAUGACUUUCAGUCUCUGUUGAAGAACAUCAAUGAAGCUGUGUAUCUGCAAGGAGGAAUCUGUGCUCAGCUGUAUAACAUGUUUCCACGGCUCAUGCGGCAAGUGCCUGGACCGCAUAAGAAAAUUUUUACCCUGUGGCGGGAGGUGAUUGACUUUGUUCGAGAGAAGGUAAACACACACAGAGUGGAUUAUGAUCCAUCAAAUCCUCGAGACUACAUUGACUGCUUCCUUGGAGAGAUGGAAAACUUGAAAGACGACACAGCCGCUGGAUUCGAUGUGGAAAACUUGUGCUUCUGUACUCUGGAUCUGUUUGGGGCGGGAACUGAGACCACCUCCACCACUCUGUACUGGGGUCUUCUCUACAUGGUGAAAUAUUCAGAGAUACAGGCCAAAGUUCAGGAGGAGAUUGAUCAUGUUGUGGGAGGGUCACGGCAGCCAUCUCUAUCAGACAAAGACAACAUGCCCUACACCAAUGCUGUCAUUCAUGAGAUACAGAGAAUUGGAAAUAUUAUCCCAAUGAAUGUAGCCCGGGCUACUGUGGAAGAUAUUCAGAUAGGAAAAUACUCCAUUCCAAAGGGCACAAUAGUGACCGGCAAUUUGACAUCCGUGCUGUUUGAUGAGUCCGAGUGGGAGACGCCUCACUGUUUUAACCCGGGUCACUUCCUGAAUAAAGAAGGCCAGUUUAGAAGAAGAGAUGCCUUUUUACCUUUUUCUUUAGGAAAGAGAGUGUGUCUUGGGGAGCAGCUGGCACGGAUGGAGCUGUUCCUCUUUUUUUCCUCUCUGCUGCAGCGCUUUACUUUCACUUCACCGGCGGGUGUGAAGCCCAGCUUGGAUUUUAAACUGGGGGUCACUCACUCUCCCCAACCAUAUGAAUUAUGUGCAGUGCCACGCUAAAACAAGCAAUGCAUAAAUAAUUGUAUACAUUUCAGUAAUUAAAAAAUAUAUAUGUGUUUGUAAAAAAGAACACAAAAUGUGUGGGUCUAGGUGCAAACAUGAUGAUGCAUUUUAGCUUAUUAUUCGGUUGUUUGGAUGUAGACUGGCAAUUGGUUAGUUUGUUAAAUAAUACAAAAAUAUUUACAAAAUAAAAAAAAGGAUCAUGAAUAUUCACAAGUCAUAAAGGGGAACAAAAUCAUAAAAUGUCAUAAAUUCAGUUGUAUUAUAUUUAAUGGUAAAAAGUGCUAGAAUACCUUAAUUAUCAUUCGAAAAGGUUUUAAAUUUGGGGUCACAAAAACAGGAAUCAAAAUAUGGCCUACUGUGAUUUUCGACAACUAUUUAUUUAGAUGAACUCAUACAUCUCUCUCUUUUUGUACACCUAAGGAAUAGUUCACUCAUUAUUUGCCCUCAAACGGUUCCCAACCUACAUUAAAUUCUUUCUUCUGCUGAACACAAAACAUAUUUUGAUGAAUGGGUAACAUGCAGUUGCUGGUCCCUAUUUACAUCCAUAGAAUUUUUCCCCUCAUACUAUGAAAGUAAGUGGGGACCAUCAACAUUCUUAAAGGGGUCAUCGGAUGCUAAGUUCACUUUUACAUGUUGUUUGAACAUUAAUGUGUGUUGGCAGUGUAUGUACAAAUCUACCCUAUAAUGAUAAAAAUACAUGGAGUGGUUUUUAAUCAGUUUGUAAAAAUAAUAUCCCCUUUUUCAAAUCGAGCCGUUCUCAGAUGCCUGUCGUUGUGGCGUCACACCCACAGAGGCCGCUCCCACUAUAGUUAAUUGACAUGAGUGUCUUACCUCAGACACACCUUAAAUCAGCUGUAACAGUCCGACCUCCAUUGUUUGGAUGCCGGAGCAGGGAUGUAAGUUAGACAAGAAUAUCUCCAAUGUAAUAAUGAACAUAGUGGUCGUCAUCUACUCCCGACAUCUGAGCCGCUGAAGAUGCAGUGGAUUAUGUUUGUUUGUGAAGGGAAUGCGCCUCCCGAUCUA